ACAUAUUCUUUCUUUCUAGGAAAAAGUAUUUUGACUCGUGCACCUUCCGGCAGUCAGUUCACGACAACAGUUCGAUACUAUUUUGAUUAACUUGUAAGGAGACUUUUCUCCUGAAAGAUACACAUCUCUUCCGCAGUCUUCCGCAGCAAUAUUGGAAUAGACACAAGAAAUGGAGCGCAAUUAAUCUCACGUGUCAAUAUUUUUCAUCUGAGCACAUUUUCCUUGACCGCCUUUCCCUGCGCCUUCAUUCCUCUUCCUCUAACUUGAUGGUCUUCGCAAUCCUUUUCUCCCUAGAGUUUACACCUGCUGUCAUUGACAUCUCAGCAAAGUAACGUAGUACGUGAGCCUGAAGUUAGCUUGAGGUUUUACUUGACGCCUUAUGAUGAAUGUGUCAAGGCACCUUGAUCAAACCCGUAAUAACGCUAAGGAAGCGACUCCUUGCCGUCAUUAAACCGCCGGAAACCAGACAACAGCCAGGGGGAGAAGCCGCGGGGGCGCACGGAUCGACAGCACAGGUGCCAGUGACGUCAUUAAUAACACUGAUAGUGUGAUCCUCACUCGAGGGUGAGAGGAAAAAUAGUUUACAUAGUUCAGUGUGUGUAUUUGGGUUUGAGCCUCGGAAGAAAAGAACUUAGUGCUAGUGAGGCUUAGCUGCUCCUGCCGGGAGGUGGGGAGUGUGCAGCAUGGAUCCUGGGAAAAUAUUCCAGAUCAUCACCAACAGCACGCUGCUGGCCACUCGUCUGGUAUCCGGCGCGGGAGGUCCUCUGCAAUUUUCUGACCCGCGCUAUUGUGUCCUGCUGACCGAGGACGCUCCCCCCUCCCUGAAGGUGAUCCAGGUGGCCGCCACGCAUAAGGAUGAUGUGGCGAUUCGCUUCAGCAUUACGGGAGGCAACAGGGACGGUUUGUUCACCAUCGACCAGCGUUCCGGCCUCAUCUCCCUCGCAGCGCAACUUGACUACGAGCGCCAACCCAAACACGAGUUGGUGGUGCGAGCGGAGGGUGGCGGGCUGGCGGUCAUGUCACUGGUUCAGGUGACGGUCGUUGAUGUGAACGACAACCCGCCACACUUCCUGCAGGACGACAUGGUGGUGACGAUUGUAGAGGAGGACGACCAGCACUUACCAGCGACCAUCUUCAAAGUUGAAGCAGAGGACCAGGACGCAGUAGACGCCAAGGGACUGGUGUACAGCGUGGGCGGGGAAGGUUUGGUGGGACCCGAUGCAACCUUCACCAUCAACCCCCACACGGGCCACCUGCUGCAGCUCAAGGCUGUGGACCGAGAUCCUCCAAAGGGCCGGGCAGUGUGGCGCGUCAAGGUGCAGGUGCGAGACGGCCAAAGGGUCUCGCCUUCUCUGGCCGCCGCCGCCACCCGGGCCUCCAGACGUCCCCGCCUGUCCCCUCCCAUUCCGCAGGAUCGCCCAGAAGAUAACAGCGCGCCACGGUUUCUUCCUAUCCACGGAUCAGCCUCAUUUCCCGGAUCACGGUACUUUUCAGGGAAUAACAGAAACCCACUAGAGAAGCCCUAUUACUUUAUCCAAGCUCCCAAGAAUUCCCUGGAGAGGAAACACGGUAUGUUGUAUGACUCUCGCUGGCCAUCACAAAUUGAGUAUUUCCAGCAGACUGGCCAAAGGUUACCCGAUCAUCGAUUCGUUCGACGAGAUCCGAUUUCGUUGUCCAGUGCUAUUCUAAAGGCGGAGGGGAACCGAGAGGAGGGAAAGGAAGAAAGGGAAUCGAAAGAAGAAUUGGAAGAAGACGAGAGAGCCAAGGGGAAGGAAGCGGCCAGCCGUAAGCCCUCGAGGAUGAAGGAGGCGAGUGGAAGGAGAAAUGCGGAUACGCUAACCUUUCUGCCAAAUGGGAAAAAUGAAAUGACCGACAAGGGAAUUGUGACGCCCUCUAAAAGCGAAGACAAACCAUCAAACCAGCAUGGCAGGCAUUUGAAUAAGAAGGAGCAGCAUAUUUCCCAAAGUGAGUGGAUGACGGAGAGGAAGUUGCUAGACAAGAAUCGCAGAAUCUCAAAGGAAGAGAUGGUAAUUGAAAGAAAACGUAAGACGGGGAUCAGUAAGCAAGUUGCCACAGGAAGGAUGAGGAGGACAGAAGAGGACAGUGUUUCUGAGGAGAAAUAUAGUUCCUUGCACCCUUGCGGUAAUGACGAGAGAGGACUACCGAUGGGAAGUAAAUGGCUACGUGAAACUAUGUGUGGCUCAGAGCGCCACAGGAAAAGUCUCAAUAGAAACGAAGAGUGGGCCAAGCCGAAAAGAGCCAAGUACCCCACCUUUAGAAAACAUCAGCAGAGUGGCUUUCAACGUAAAUUGCUUUCCUUCAGAGGAAGACAGAAACCAGUCGUUCUCGGAGAUGGUAUCAGAGAAAGAACAGAAGCUGAAGAAGGCUUGUUUACGUCUGCGAAACUCAAUUUACAGCCAGAUCUUGAAACCACAUUUAAUGACAAUGAUACUUCUCCAGUCAACUUUGAUGUUUAUUUUGGUCCUACUGAAAGUAAUGACGAUAACAUUCGAAAAAACUUUAAAUCCUCCAAGGGCAUUACGUACAAGCGCAGCCGAAGUUCAAAGCAUGUACUGGCUGCUAAGUACACACCAGUGCAAUACAUUGUGGAUUACUCUGGCAGGCCGGAGAUGGAGGUAAAAGAGCAAACAAGCACGAUAGUCUCUAAUGAAGCAGACGGCGUGUGGGAACAUGACUUUGAUGAGCUUUACCGAACCCAUUCAAUCGCGUACCAGAAUAAACGUCACAAAAGAUACAAAAGAAAAGCUGUUGUCAAACGCCUAACAUCACCUGACAGCAUCAGACCAAAGCUGCACAGAAGCCUCUAUAAACGUGACCAUUCCCCAAUCGACGUUCCAGUGAAACGCAGUGAGCACAUGAAGGUGGAUCGUAUCAUAAUGAGCCAGCUGGGGGAGGACCUGGUGUACGUGAAGAAAUACAAGGCGGUGGCAGGCCGAUGCGAGGCUCCAGCCAGCUUCUCCGUAACCAGCAAGGAGGAAGAAAAGGAAAAAGAGAUCGAGCAACCAGAAGAUCUCCAAAAAGUAAAUGAUGAGAAGAGAUGGUGGCAAAUGGUGCAGGAAAUGGUGGAGGAGAUGAGAAGAGAGCAGGUGCAUGUGGCGGAGACUGUGGUGACGGUGGUGGUGAAGGACAUCAACGAUAAUGCUCCAGUAUUCCCUAACGCCACCAUGUUUGGGGAGGUGCAAGAGAAUGGCCCAAUAGAUCUUUCGGCGGGUGUGGUGUGGGCGUGGGAUGCCGACGACGAGGAAGAAGGCACGAACGCCAUCCUCACUUACUCCAUAGACAAGAACGUGGUGGAUGAAAGAUCUGGGGAGGCUAUCUUUGAUAUCGACCCGAAGACUGGCCUGGUGCGCACAGCUAUCUGCUGCCUAGACCGGGAGACCACGCCCGAAUAUCAUAUCCAGGUGGUGGCGACGGACGGCGGCGGGCUAAAAGGAACAGGGACGUUGGUGGUACGCUUGGUGGACGUCAAUGACAAUUCCCCGCGUCUGACGAGAGACCUGUGGGUGGUUGAAGUGAAGGAGACGUGGGGUGACGGACCUGCCAGCAAUUACACCCUCCUGCAAGUAACCACCGCUGACCAAGACACCUCCAACUAUUUCUACUACAGGGUGUUAGAGAACAGUGGCUGGGGUUGGCAAUACUUUGCUAUGAGAACUGAGGGGUCCGCUGGCCAACUUUAUGCACGUGAGACUCUGGACUUUGAGGAUCCGGCUCAGCGAAGAGGGUUUCGCUUCAUGAUCCAAGUGACGGACAGGGGACGCGGCGGCUGGGGUGAUUCCCGUCACACGGACACUGCUUGGGUGGAGGUUCGCCUUACUGACGUGAACGACAACCCGCCAAUGUUUCGUCGACCACACGUCCAUGUUACUGUCAGCGAGGACACGGCGCCCGGUGCCCUCCUGGCCUCCCUCACCGCCACCGACCCUGACGAGACGGGCCACCAAAGAGUGAACUACCACGUGGAGGGAGGCUGGGGCGCCCUAAGAGUGGAUCCGGGCGGGGGCGUGAGGCUGUGGCGUGCCCUGGAUCGUGAAACUCCUGGUGGAGAGGUUGGCGUCGCCAAAGUGGUGGGCGUGGACGAAGGGCGUCCUCCUCUUUCCUCCACCGCCACUCUCACCAUUACUGUCAGUGAUGUAAACGACUGCCCGCCGCGCCUGCUGCCGCCCACGCUGUUGCACGUGAAGGAGAGCGCGCCGCCUUCCCUCCUGGGCGUCCUCACAGCCACUGACGAUGAUCUGUGGCACCUCGGUCAUGGUCCUCCCUUCACCUUUAGUAUGGCGCCCUCCAACCCGGCACUCAUCACCCGUACUCUGAGCCUAAAGUACCACGAGAACUUAGACAGUGGGAGAGGCGGCGCCGAGUUGUGGUCUGUAAUGGCGCUGGACAGAGAGGAACAACGCCAGCUGACAGCAGAGGUGACGGUGGAGGACUCCGGGGGCCUGGCGGCUACGCACCCAGUCACUGUAGUCGUGGACGAUAUAAAUGAUAACCCAAUGAAGCCAGGAGCCAAGGUCGUCCACGUGUGGAAGAUUCAGGGUGCAGGAUCUGAUGUAGCGCUAGGAAGGGUGUACGUGGACGAUCCUGAUGACUGGGACCUUGAGGACAAGACUUUCAGCUGGGCAGGACCGCCUCACCCCCUAUUCACCCUCCAGGCUGCCACGGGGGAAGUGUUCGCCUCCACCCAGCUGAGAGAGAGGAAGUACGAGCUGCACUUUCUGGUAUCGGACGCACACUGGGGCCAGACGGACGUUCCUGCCAACAUGACGGUAGAGGUGCGGCAUCUUAGCCCCGAGAGUCUGGCCCAUGCUGUGCCUAUCACCCUCACGCCCACUUCCCCCGCAGCCCUUGCCGCCGCCUGGAACCCCACACAAGGAGGAGGAGGCUUGGGGACAUUGACAGAGGCGGUGAAGCAGGUGGUCGGGGCGGCAGCCAAAGUAAUGAUCGUCAGUGUUUAUGGGAUGCCUUCCACGCCAGAGUCAGCACCGAUCCUUACCUACCUGAACCUUCCGUUUGCUGCCUCCUACCUGUCGGUGCCACCCUCAGGAACUCCGACGCCUUAUGCUUGCGUGUGGCUGAGCGUGCGGCAGGCGGCUGGAGGCUUCAUGGACCCAGUCAAGCUGAACGGACUACUUUCCCUCAACCAGAACCUGCUAGAAAAAAUUAUGAAGCUGCGUGUUGUGGUGGGAGAAACAGUGUCAGCCCCCUCCACUCCGCCGCCACACCCGCCCUCCAUGACCUCCCUCGCCUCUGUUGCUCUCCCACUACAGGUGGUGGACACGAAUCACACUUCCUUGGUGACGCCGCGCCUCACCCGCGCCCAUGACUGCCACCGCCGCAGUCAUCAUCUGGAGGAGGAGUCCUGCACACCCUCAACUUGCCUCAACGGUGGGCGCUGUGUCAGGACGGAUUCGGGCAACAGGUGCCUGUGUCCGGGUAGAUCGUGGGGGCCUCGCUGCAAAGUGCUCGCUCGCACCUUCUCAGGCUCUGGCUGGGCCUGGGUUCGUCCAUUGCCUCCCUGUCUUCCAACUACUGUCUCGCUGCGUCUCCUGCCACGUCUUCCUAGUGGACUCAUUCUGUACUCUGGCCCUCUCUCCUCGACCUCCACGUACCCUCACUGGGGCCCGACACCUAUGCUUGCCGUGCAGCUGGUAGAAGGUCGCCCACAGGUGGUUCUAGAGGGAGGCAGGGGAUCUAUGAAGCUACAGGUGGACACCUUGCUUCGGCCUGGUACCUGGCACACCUUGCACCUGCACCUUGAUGCCCAGGGCGUGGUGUUGAUGGUGGACACAUGUGGGCGAGGCUGGGAGCGCGGCAUAAACAAUGAGCGUCACUGCAUUGCUCGAGCCGCCUGGGCCAAGACAGAAGACACUGACAGCUGGAGCAGCGGCGUGCCCCUUCAGUUGGGAGGCCUUGCGCAUCACCACCCUCGACCCUCAGACUUUGGAUGGACCACUGGGCCACACCCUGAACCUCUGAAUGGAUGUAUAUCGCACCUCACCAUCAAUGGUGAACUCAUAGACUUAGGAGAGCCGGCGUACAGUAGCAAUAGUCAGAAAGGCUGCGUGCCACAGGAUGGAGCCUGUGGACAAGGAACAUCUUACUGUGGUCUUCGAGGGGAGUGUGUGGGUGGUCUGGAGGAACCUAAAUGUGAGUGCGCGGCCGGAUGGAUGGGACCAAAGUGUGCCUCCCCCACUACACCAGUUGCCCUCAGACAAUCUUCAUUCACAAAGGUGACCUUAUUCCGGCUGCCAGACCCAUACCAUGUCACGUUGCAACUGCGAUUAAAACUACGGGGAAGACACGAUGGUCUGCUGAUGCAGCUGGCCACCAAGCCAGACUCUGUGUCCCUGAAAUUAAGACUUCGCGGCGGAGUGGCGUGUGCAGUUCUCACCACAGAGGAGACAGAGCAGGAAGUGUGCCUGGAGAGUUUUCCCCUUGGCGAUGGACAGUGGCACACUCUACACGUGGGCCGCCACGGUCAUAAUCUUGGUAUAGGAGUGGACGAGUGUGACGGCUGGAAGCAGAACGACACGUUGCCUUCCCUGAGCUCCACCACUGACCACGGAGAGAUGCACGGUUUUAUGGUAGCACCUCCCGCUCCGCUCUUAGUGGACAAGAAAGAUGGGGUGUUCCUUGGUGGCAUUCCCGAGUUCGUCAGCCUGAGUUUGGUUGCCGUGCACGAUGAUCUUACUGACAGUUGCCUGGACGACGUUCGAGUGUCUGGUGAGACUGUGCCGCUGCCGCCUGUGCUCAACCACACCUCCUGGGGGCGCGUCACCACACUGAAAGGGCUGGAAGCGGGCUGCUCUGCGCGGGACGCCUGUUUUAAUACCACUUGCCUUCCUCCUCUCACCUGCCAUAACACCUGGAGACAAGCCACCUGCAGCUGUGGACCGGGACGACACCUGGUGGGCCACGAAUGUCAAGAUGUGGACGAGUGUUUGUUCAAACCUUGCCUGCACGGCGGUACGUGCUAUAAUCUCCAGCCGAACUACCAGUGCACCUGUGGACCAGAUCACACCGGCGACUAUUGUCAAUGGUUGAGGCUGCCUUCGGACACACACCCGCUGAAGGCGCCCAUGGCAAUCGCUGCUCUCACUCUCUCCAUUCUUCUCGUUGUGGUGAUCGGCGUGGUGUUGACGCUGCGCCACCACCGCUCUCGUGCUGCCAGAUCGUCGCCGCUUUGUCCGGGGGACUUGGACAAGGGAAGCCACGCGCUAGAGGCUCCUGUGACUAUCGAAGCCGUAACGGAUCUUUCUCGCACCCAGGCAGGCACUAGACACAUCCUCAGCCCUCUAGGCCUUUCUCAAUCAGUGGACGGUAGUCAAGGCGGGGUUGACGUGAGUCUCGCUUUACCGCCCACUUCACUCAAGCAUCGAGAAGGCAGCCUUACAAAAUCAAGCAGUACCAGUUUAACAAGAUGUUCUAUCAUCACAGUGUGUGACACAGCCGAGGACCUGACUCUGCACCAAAGACUGGACAGACAACUCACAGUUUUCUCAACAGACACAAGUACAGCAGCCCCGCCACCGCCAUCGUCAUGCUCCAGCGUAGAUUGUUCAAUAUCCAGUACACCAGAUCGAGCAGAUGGGGGAGGUGGAGGAACGGCGAGGCAAAAGGCAACCCUAGUUAGGAAGAGUGCCGCUUCCGCCACGCCGCUCCUCGCCCAAGAUGACUUGAGAGCUUAUGCCUACGAGGGAGAUGGCUCACCUUCAGGUUCCCUCUCCUCUACCGUCUUAGGUCUACAAAUGGAAGCGAUGGAGGAAGAGGAGAGGGAGGGUCCAGUGAAGCCGCUAAUCCCGGCGUAUGGAGACGUGCUUGACCUUCUUAAGAACCUCCCUGAUGCCGUUCCUGUGCCCAAGCAACCCCAAGCCUCGGCAGCCACCAUACACAGGGGGCAGAAGAGUACGUCUCAAGAGAAAACUCCGGUCUUGGUGCGGUCUCGGUCAGUUCGUAGCACCAUCAGUGUAGGAGGCGAGGGGAAGGAGCAACAGGAGGGAUUGGAGGAGUGCGGGAGGUUGCCUUUAGGUGGUAGGAGCAGAAAAGCCUCCUUGGAAUACUCUACAGUGUGCUAAUAUCAUUGCAAGAUUCCUUUUCUGUUAGUGACUAUUUUGUUAUAAAAAUGUUCAUAAGUGUAUCCUUAUAACGGGGAUGAAUAGUUGUUUAUAUUUUCAUGUGUUUUUAUCUUAGGCAUCCGCUGUGGUGCUGUGGAAUGUUUGUAGAAGUUUAGUUAGUAUUUUUUUAUUUGAUCUUUUUUAUCUUAAUUGAUGAACCACAGAAAGAGUAAGAAAAGUCAGAGUGAUCAUAUUAUUGAAUACGAAAUAUUUUAUACAUUUAUAUGGUAUUAGCAAUAAAGUAUACUUGAAA